AUGUUAACCAGUGUACUUGUAAAACUCACUUCUCCCAAUCUCAGUCAGAAAGUCUCCUUCAAUUUGCCAGCAGAUUACCCUAUUUUCCCUGUGCAGUGGAGUCUAAAGAAUGGUUUACACAUCAGCCCCCCCUCCGGUUACCUGGGCCAGGACUUUGAGUGGGCCGACUACCUCAAACAGUGUGGUGCUGAGGCUGCUCCCCAGAGGUGCUUCCCUCCGUCCAUUUCUGAACGUGAAUUUAAGGAGAAUAUGAAGCUUGAAGCAGUGAACCCUCUUCUCCUUGAAGAAGUGUGUGUUGCCACUAUUACUGCAGUGAGAGGCUCCUACCUGUGGCUCCAGCUGGAGGGUUCAAAGAAGCCCAUACCUGAAUGUAUUGUGGGUGUGGAAUCCAUGGAUAUAUUUCCUUUGGGCUGGUGUGAAACCAAUGGCCAUCCCCUCAGUGCCCCUCAUCGAGCACGAGUACACAAACAGAGGAAAAUUGCAGUGGUUCAACCAGAAAAACAAAUACCAUCCUCCAGGACUGUCCAUGAGGGCCUGAAGAAUCAGGAGCUGAACUCCACAGACUCAGUUAUGAUUAAUGGACAAUAUUGCUGUCCAAAGAUAUACUUCAACCACCGUUGCUUCUCAGGGCCAUAUCUUAACAAAGGGAGAAUCGCUGAGCUUCCUCAGUGUGUAGCACCUGGGAACUGUGUUCUGGUCCUCAGAGAGGUCCUCACUUUACUUAUCAAUGAAGCCUAUAAACCCAGUCGUAUCCUUCAAGAGUUGCAGCUGGACAAAGACUCCGUAUGGCAUGGAUGUGGGGAGGUCCUAAAAGCCAAAUACAAAGGAAAGAGUUACCGGGUUACUGUUGAGGUAGUGAAGACAGCAGAUCGGGUGACUGAGUUCUGCCGGCAAACCUGCAUCAAGCUGGAGUGCUGUCCGAAUCUCUUUGGCCCACGGAUGGUUCUGGACAAAUGUUCUGAGAACUGCUCUGUGCUUACAAAGACCAAAUAUACACAGUAUUAUGGAAAGAAGAAAAAUAAAAGAAUUGGGAGGCCACCUGGUGGGCAUAGCAACUUAGCAUGUGCCCUGAAAAAAGCCAGUAAGAGGAGCAAGAGGCGGAAAAAUGUUUUUGUCCAUAAGAAGAAACGCUCCUCUGCAUCUGUUGAUAACACCCCAGCAGGCUCGCCCCAGGGAAGUGGAGGUGAAGAUGAGGAGGACCCAGAUGAAGGAGAUGACGAUUCCCUCAGUGAGAGCAGUACAUCUGAGCAACAGGACGAGCUACAGGAAGAGUCAGAAAUGUCAGAGAAGUCAUGCUCUUCCUCGCCUAUCCAAAGUGAGAUCUCUGCAUCACUGCUUCCAGACAGACAACGGAGAAAAAGAGAGCUUCGCACGUUCUCAUUUUCUGAUGAUGAGAAUAAACCUCCUUCACCAAAGGAAAUAAGAAUUGAAGUUGCUGAGAGGCUUCACCUGGACAGUAACUCCCUGAAGUGGAGUGUGGCAGAUGUUGUCCGGUUCAUCAGAUCCACUGACUGUGCCCCUUUAGCGAGAAUAUUUCUAGACCAGGAAAUUGAUGGGCAGGUCCUGUUGCUCCUUACCCUUCCCACUGUUCAAGAGUGCAUGGACUUAAAAUUGGGCCCUGCCAUCAAACUCUGCCACCACAUAGAGAGAAUCAAGUUUGCUUUCUAUGAGCAGUUUGCCAACUGAGAAGGACAAGCAAAGUGAGCUGUGUCUUUGAAGCACAA